AUGCCAGUACUCGCCACUCACUCGUUGAACCUGUCCAAGAUAGUUACUCGAGCAAGUCGUCAAACAAAAAGCAACAAAGAUGGCGCUCCAAGCUCAUCGUGGUUUUCCUCGGGGACUGCAUGGGCGGCAAAUAUUGCAGAAAAUCUCCAACUGAACAUUAAAAAUGUGCACCUACGUUACGAAGACAGUACUACAAUCCCAGGAUGUCCUUUUGCUUGUGGGAUAACAAUAAAAAGUUUAUCUGCUCAAAGUACAGAUGGUCAAUGGUCACCCAUGUUUGUAAACAAGUCUGACGCAGACAUGAUGCGAAAACUCGUAGAUCUGCAAGAUUUCUCAAUAUAUUGGGAUACAGAUUCUGCUCCUGUUGGCCACCUUUCUAUGGAUGGCCUGGCUGAUGUUUUGCAAAGGAGUAUGUUUGAGACGCAUUCAACGUCACAAUUUCAAGACCACCGGUACGUAAUCGAGCCAAUCACAGCACAGGCAAGGAUGCGUCGCAACACGUCAUCUUUACCCCUGAGGUCCAUGACAACCCCAAGGAUCACCCUGGAUAUCACUCUAGAGGCCCUGAUGGUUUCUCUUGGGGAGGAACAAUACCGUGGUCUAGUCGCCUGGAUGCGGGAAUUUGAACGCUACGAUAAACGCCAUAAGUUCCUAAAAUGGCGACCACAUGUCCCUGUGAAAAAUAAUGCCAAGCAGUGGUGGAAAUAUGCAAUACAGUCAAGACUGAGUGAGAUUACUGAAAGAAAUAAGCACAACACGUGGGGCUUCGUACUUGAGAGAAGCAGAAAUAUCGUAAAAUAUGUUAGCAUUUAUACAACACAGCUCUCCAAUGGGCAUCUGGAUUAUAAAAUGAAGGAAUUAAAAGAGACCGUUGAGAGUCAAUUAACCUUCAGUGAACUGAAAGCCCUUGGUGACAUAGCAAGAGAAAGGGCCUCAAAACUUGUCCCAGUAGAACCUGAAUCAACAAACAUAGAUCAAUCAGGGGGUGCUCAACAAGGUCUGUUCCAGAGCUGGUUUCCUGCAUGGGGAGGGUGGUCGGCACAGCCAGAAUCUCCCGACUCGAGGAGCAUAGAUGUUGGCGAACCACCACCCAGUAAGAAAGGCAGAGACAGCCCACCUCAACCCUCCGUAGAUGACAUUCAAAUAGAAAAAGACAUCUUGAAUGCUAUAGCCGAUUCGGAAGAGAAUAAUACAUUGCUGAAACGAGAUGCUGUCUUUGCACAAUUGAACUUUCGGCUACAGUCUGGAACUUUUCGACUCAAUGAAAUAUGGUCGCCAAGUCUUGGUCCAGCGCCAUCACCCAUCUUGGAGCUGGAGUGUUCUUUGAUUAACAUGAUGUUAGAAAGUCGCCCACGUGCCAAAGCUAUGAAAUUUGCAGUCAGUGUAGGGGGUCUUACACUCAGGGAUGCUAUGACGAAAAAUUCUAUCUUUCCAGUCUUAGUUGGGGCCCAGAGCAAGGAAAGAAGCAGUGGUCAACUGAGGCAUUUUGGGCUGCUUAGUAAUCGGCCCAAGUCCCCUACAUACACACAACCAGGGGGCGCUAUGGGUCGCCCAACUUCACUUGUACCAGAGACAUUAUUUGAAUUAACUUAUGAACAAAGGCCACAUAACUCGACUGCUGACUUUAGUUUGGAAAUGAAGACGCAACCACUAGACAUGGUUUACAAUGCUGAUGUCAUUGACAGACUCUGCGAUUUCUUCCAGUCAAAUACCUCAAGUAAACUAGCGUCACACCAAACUGAGCUUCAAUUAACUGCUGCAAUGCAACACCGCUACCAAGAACUAAAGAGUCAAACCAAAGCUGAGUUGAAACAGACAUUAGAUGAGAUAUUGGAGGGAGAACAAAAGGUGAAAGCAAAGCGAUGGGCUAUAAACCUCGACAUAUCAGCCCCGCAGAUUAUUCUACCUGAGAAUUUUCUGGAACAAAAUCCAACAAUCGUGCAAUUUGAUUUUGGUCACCUGAAAUUUAACAGUGCAUCUCAGACCGUUAAACCACGUCAGAGUGUUAGUGAAACAUCAGAAGAGACAGAAGAUGAUUUCCUGACCCCCUGUUCAACUCCCCCAAGCCCUAGUAUGGACUCGGAGACGACAGAGGGAGAUGGUGUUAAAAGGUCUUUUUCUGAAAUGUUUUCGAGUGAAAUUUCAGAGUCUGCCAUUCACGACAAAGUUUACGACAAGUAUACAUUAGAGCUGGCAGAUCUACAGGUAAUGGUGGGGAGGAUGCGCGAUAACUGGAAGUAUGCAAUUAUGAGGGGGACCAGUAAACUACACAUUGUAGAGAGAUUCACGAUAGCUAUGCAGUUUGAAAGGAGGUUGAUUUAUACAACCGAUCCACAGUGGCCAAGUGCAAUGGUGUCUGGUAAUCUACCUAAACUAGUCAUUCAUCUCAAUGAAAGAAAGGUGCAAUCAUUGCGUAAAUGCGUAGAAAUCCUCAGUGGUUCGACAGCCGGGUCGCCUCAGAUGGCAAGGGCCCCCAAACCAGAAGGACAUCCUGCAGAUCCCCAACCCCCAGAGUCAGAGAGAGACUUUCCGAAGACACCCACAAAGACAUCUGGCACUAGCAGAAGUACCAGUUCGGGACAACAGGCCUAUGCCGAGGCAAGGCUUGUCAUGCUACAGUUCACAGUCAGUGAGAUGGCCUUAGGAGUAGAAAGCAGAGGACGUAGUGUAGCUGAGUUACAAGUCUCAGGGAUGAAAGCCAACUUUACAAAGAGACCAUAUGACUCAAGUGCCGCAUUCACUGUCCACAGUCUAUUAGUGGUAGAUGCUUUACAGACAUUUGGAAGAGACUAUGACCUCUUGGUGGCGUCGCAUAAAAGUCUAACUUUGGACAGUAGAAGUGGGAGUAUAAGGGGGUCAGAGCCUACCUCCCCUACUGCCCAGUCCCCUAGGUCCCCCCAGUCUCCAAUCUCCCCCUCCUCCCCUGGGGACAGCAUGUUCCAGUCCCAGGGUAAAGCUACAGCCUUCAGCUCUAUGCAGAACGCCAUCACAAGUGCAUUCCAGACGAUUGUUUCCCCAGGUACAAAGGAUACUAACAAGGACAGAGAUGUUAACAUGGAUGACAUCAACAGAGUUGAGAGUCCUUUCCAACCAAUACAUUCAGCCCUUGAUGAUGAGGCUUUGAUAACUAUUGAGCUAGAACAGAUUAGUCCGUAUAGUCCGUCAUGUCCUAGUACGGACCUAGGACCCACUCAGAUUGCUACCAUCCAGUUUAAUAGCCUAGAUGUAAUAGCCAAUCAGGAGACAGUUGUUGAACUACUAAGUUUCUUCAAGCAAAUUCUGCCGACAGAUUCGAGUAUGAAAUCUCCAGUUUCCCAGUCAGGUUUGACUGUCAUGGCUGAUAGUACAGAGGGCAGCACUGUUAGCGAGGUUGCAACAAGAACAGAGUGCACGGCAGAUUUUCAUAGGUUGAAUAUAUUACUUAUGAGAGCAGAGAAGAAAGAGGGCGCUCUUGUUGCUAGGAAGGUUGGCACGGUUACCAUGAGUGAAGCCAGGAUUCAAGCUACCCUUGGAGAUGAGAUGGAAGUUGAAGGGUCAUUAGGUGGACUACAAGUAUUAGAUCUAACUCCAGAAGGAAGCCAUUACCAGAAGGUUUUCAGCGUAGGCAAUGACCCCGCAGAACCCGAGAGCCUAAAUGAAAACUCUCUGAUCUGCCCUGUGCCCGGUGAUAUGUACAAGACUGCUCAGGAUUCGUCCUUAUUUCAAGACUAUUCUUUAGCUGAACAAGAAAAUAAAGCAUUCACGUUUACAUACACGAAACCAAAAUCUGGAUCCUCACCGUUGCAUUCCCCGAAAAAAUUAAAUGAAAGUCAAGUGUAUUCAGCACCCUCUGGUGGGGAUGAUCGGACUAGUUUACGGCUACGUUUAGCCUCAAUGUGUUAUGUUCACGCCCCCCAAUAUUUGAAUGAUUUAUCACUUUGUGUUAGUGAGUUUAAGGAGUACACGGCUGAAAUGGCCAAAUCAUUGAAAUAUGCCGCAACAGAUAUAGCUCUAGGGCUUGUUUAUAAAGGAGAAAGAGUACCAGGGAGUUUAUACGGUAGUGCAAUGAGCCUUGAUGGUACUUUUCGACCAAUGAGAAGAGCUUCAUCUGUGGAUAAAUCAGGGAUGGAUACAUGUAUGUUAGACGUCUCUGAGUUAUCGGACGAUUACGCAGCUCCAUCAUCGUUAGACCUCGAUGUCUUACUGCAAACUCCCAUUAUCAUUCUACCUAGGACAUCUACGAAUACAGAUGCUUUAGUCGGACAUCUUGGUACUAUAACGAUCAAGAAUAAAUCAACGACACCUCCGCAUCCUGUCGAGUCCACCCCAGCAUUCCAUUUUGAACCAGUUGACCAAUCAGAUUCUGACGUGAUACAUGUCGAAAUUAAAGACGCAAAUUUAUAUGCAGUAAAUGAACAAUUAGGGAAGAAAAUUCCCCCAAAAUCUAGUCAACAAACAGGCCAUAUAAGGGCAUUAGAAGCUUAUAGGAACCCGGAAUACGGAACCCAGAUUAUCCAUGACACUGUUAUCACCUUGACGAUUGAUAAAUCAGCGUCUGAGGCUGUUUAUAUCAACCCAGAAAAGAGUGGACCAGAUUUUACGCUAGAUGAAAAUUUUAUGCCUAAAAGGCCAGUGGAUGAAACUUUGAACGUAGAAUCAAAUUCUAAUAUCUUGGAUAUUAAGGGAAAAAUUGUGAAACCGCUAAAACUUGAGCUUUCAAAGCCGAUAUAUGAGCAGAUUUUGCAAACUGUUGAUAAUUUAACAUAUAAGGACCCAAUCCUGGAAAGUGAUGAUGUCACCGAGCAACCUUCGCAUCUUAGUGACAUCAAAGAAGAACCAAGUCUGUCAUCCCUUAAAUUGGAAGAGUCCAUGUCAAAAUCAUCACCAAGGCCAGAGCCAUCUUUUGCUCAAAAAAUUGAUGAGAAUAAAGACUCAACGACAAUUAAAGCCACAUUUGAAAUGCCGUUGUUCCAAGUUGAAAUGAAAGGUGACUUCGGAGAUGGUGAACAGGGAUUGGUCGAUUUAAAGCUGUACGAUUUUUCUGUUGUUUUUGAGAAAACGGACCCGCAAAUUACCUCGAUCCAACUCCAACUACGAGCUUUGGUAAUGGACGAUCUGCUCCAAGAUGUUGACUCGAAGCAUCGCCAUUUGAUGGUGUCAUCAACAGUGGCGACCCCUAGUGAUCAAAAUGACAUUGUCGAACCACGCAUGGUUUUAUCAUCAUCAUGUCCCGAUAGUAUGAUCGCAGCCCCCCAGGCUUAUAUCCCCUCAUCCCUCCCAACAUGCCUAAAUAAGGAGAAUGUUUUUAAUCCCCAGGGUAACAAGUCUAAGCCCAUGAAGAUGCCAGGGGGCAGGGGGCUUCCUGCAAUGAGAGGACGUGGGGAGAGAUCUUAUGAGUACCCAUGUACCCCGCCUCCCUCUCCUAGGUUAUCCAGGAAGCCAUCACGCGUAGAAAACCAAGACACUCUCGUCAAUAUGAAAGUUCUGCUAGUCGAUAGAGAGUCCCCAUUAUAUGCAGCAAAAUACAAUAGGACAAAUCGCUUUGUAGAUGUUGACUUCAGUGGCCUGGAUACCAUCUUGAAUCUACAAACGUGGGUUGUUCUACUAGAUUUUAUCGGUAUGGGUGCCAAAAUUCACGAUGUUGAUGCUAUGAAAGAGAAAAAUGACGAGCAAGCUGAGAGUAGAGCAGAAUCCAGAGCAGAAUCAAAAUCUUCGCUUGAAUCCACCGAAAAUCCUUUUGUGAAUACUGAAGUUGAACUAAAAAUCCAGCACUUCAAUCUGGUUCUUAACAAGCCUGAAUAUGAGCUAGCAGCCUUCAAUAUGGCGAAGUUCACCAGCCAUGUAUCGGCACGUGACGGCAAUGUCCAUCUCGUAGGGAAGCUAGGAAGUGGGAGCAUGUUAGACAAAUCGCCAAAUGGGAGAUAUUACCCAGAACGCUUUCUCACAACGGGAUCUGAGGCUCUGCAUUUUGACUUUUUCAAAUAUGGGUUGCCAGAUCCCAACAAUUUACGUCCAUUUGACAUCAGUAUAAAGGUUCGAAUGUCUUCUGUGCGUUAUACACAUACUCAGCGAUUCAUGCAGGAGCUCUUGGCAUUUGGGCAACAUUUUAAUCAAAACCAAGACGUCCUUGGGAGAAUGAGGGCAGCGUCAGAUGGCAAAAAGAUAACUGAAAGUGCUCAACGUGGUUCACGUAUCAAAAUGGACAUUGAAGCGGGUGCUCCUGUACUCCUCAUCCCACAUAGCAGCAGGUCUAAAGAUAUUCUUGUAGCUGAUCUUGGCACAUUUACCCUACACAAUACAUUCAUGGUUGCCGGGUCACCAGGAACUAUUCAAGCUCAAAGAGAGGCUAAGAGGCAACGGGCGCAAUCCACUCGUGAGUCUGAGUCAGAAAAGACAAUUUUUACAACUGACAGUUUUGACAAUGUGAACCAAACAGAGGGGAAAGUUCCCGAUUUAAUGUCACAGUCCUUAUAUGGAAGUCUUGAUGGUGAUUGGCGGUCGGAAGAUAUUCUGUCACCUGUGACGUCAUUGGAAACUGGAACACUUUUGACGGAGUCUGAAUCAUUCGAGCAAGUUUUAGUCGCUGAACCAAGUUUCGAAUCAUUAAUUGACUUGGGUGAGGGCUCAAGUGGACAAUCCAGUUCGCAAUGUUCCCCAAGAGAGCCCCCUGGUGCCAGCCCUUCAACUUUAUCCCAAGGGAGCCUCAUUGAAGAUAAUUCCAAAAGAGGCUCUUUAGGGGGAAAGUCAGAAUCCCCUAAGGAGCCCCAGUCAAUAUCUCCAAAUAAGAACUGCAGUGAGCCCGAAGAUUAUUUAUGUCUGUUAGAUGUUUUAGAAGUUCAUUUAACAGACAUGGAUCUCUAUUCUGCUCUGAGGGUUGAAAAGUGGGACUAUCAUCGUGACCAACUAGGCCAAGAUUUAGAGUACCCAUCCUGUGUAAUACAAAGACAGGAAAACAAACUGUUGAAAAAAACAUGUUCUCUACUACUUCAAAUUGAGCGGAAUCUUGAAGGAGAUAUUAGUCACAACGUUCCAGACUUUUGUGUCCAGGGGGCACUGUCUUCAGUCCAUUGUUCGCUAGAUCUCAAAGAAUAUCAGCUAGUUCGAGGGAUUCUUGAUCACAAUCUUGGGGAACCCCUAGAAGAAUUCCGGCGUCCCAUGAUGUCACAUCUCCAAGAUACCCAAAUCCAGACUGUGCUUAGUGGUGAUGUUUGGAAGGUCGUUUCCAUGACGUUAGAUCUUGUGAAUGUCACAGUUGAACUUUUGGUGGCUCAUGAACAAGAUGGCUGCCCUGAAGCCUCACUUGCGCAAUUAGACUUUAAAGCGUCAAAGUUGUCCUUUGAAAGUUUUUCCAACCAAUCAAAAGACAUAGAUCUGGUUUCGCAUGAAAUUCUGGCUCAUGAUACACGAUACAGAGAUGCACCAGCAAAUUCCAGGCCCAACGUAUUUUCAAACAUUCUCCAACCCAUACAGGACCGCCUCAAUCCCGACUCUUUGCAGAUGGAGGUUCAUUACCGCUCAAAGAAACAAUUUACAUGCUUCACAAUUUUAUUGAACGAUAUGAGAUUGAUGGGGAUAUUUGAUUGGUUGUUAACAGUGAAGGAUUUUCUCGCUACUGGUGCAGAGAAUCCAUUCCAAAAUGACCCUAGAGAAAACGGUAUUGAUGACAAUGAAUAUGAAACGACAACUACACCUUUGACAGUAACAGAAAGUCUUAGACAGCAAGCAAGGAGUCCACUUUCUAUUUCUAGCGGGGUGCUCACUAAACGAGCUACUGUUUUAGACAAGGAGGAGUCUGUGUUUGAGCUGAAGGUCAAUGUAACUCAAACAGAACUUGUCGUUGUUGAGGAUGCAUCUGCCUGGGACACCAAUGCUCUCAUUCUAAAGAGCACUGCUGUACUGUCAUUCCGCCCAAAACUAGUGGAGCGCCCUCUAUCGUGUAGCCUUCAAAGCCUGGAGUUGUUCUCUUGUUGCCUCGCAUCAGAGGAAGAAACUGCCCUCUCUAUAAUAGAUCCUAUGACGCUAACAGCCGAGUUGAGUGGGGGCAACAUGCAGAAGGACAAGGCAGGAGGCCCAAGUGGCCUGCUUGAUGCAACAGGAGAGGAUGAUACCCCACCUUUAUUGGAGGUGAACUUCACUACUUUGAAUAUCCGAGUUUCAUACAACGACAUGAGACUGUUCAUGGGUAUUCUCAACUCGAUACCACAACAAGCUAUGCAAGCUAAGAAUCAACCCAGGAAUGCUGAACCCCCUCCCCCUGACACUGCCACACCAGCUAGUAAAUAUCCAGUGGGAGAUGUAAAACGACUGGAAGAGCUGGGAUUCAGUAGGGAGGAUGUUGGAAAAGCCUUGGAUGUCUGUGUGGGAGUCACAAGUGAUGCAGCUGUUUGGUUAACUGAGCAUGCCACCCCUGUUCAAGUGCCAACCCCUAGCAAUGAAGCCCCAUUGGAGGAAAAGCAGGAUGGAAUACAGAUAUCAGGCAUUGAGUUGAAGGCCAGUGGUGUGUCAUUCUGUGUCAUUGAUGAUUGUAAGGAUGCAGAUGUGCCCCUUCUUGAGCUGGCGUUUACAAAUAUUUAUAUCCUGCAGAAGUUACAUGGACUUUGGGAGGGCAAGGCAAACAUCAAGCUAUCGGGAGAUUAUUAUAAUCGAAGUCUGUCUGGCUGGGAGCCUUUCAUUGAAACAUGGGGAUGCCAGUUUGACUGGCUUUACAAAGAAGACCUGAACAUGGAUAGUAAACUUGCCAUCCGUGUGACGACCGCUGAUGUGUUGAACCUCAACAUAACCAGUAAGCUGAUUGAACAGUAUGGCAUCACGAAAAAAAUGUGGAGCGAGGAUUACUAUGCUUCCCAGAACACGUCCAGUGACGGUACCCUAGCAGGCUAUAGACGUCGUGUCCCAUUUGUUCCCUUCGCUUUACGGAAUCACACAGGAUGCAAAUUGUGGUUUGCUACAGUCACUACAACACCUACAAGGCUUGCAUUUGGCCCAGGAAUGCAUGUAGAUGAUAGCACAAGAGAGAUUGGAGAAUGGAGACAGAUUAUGCCUGGAGAUGAGCUCCCAUUCCUAAUGGAAGAAAAAGAUAAACUAAGGCAUAAGCACACACAUGAGUUGAAGAUCCAUCAGGUGGUUGUCAAGGUUGAAGGUUGGCAGAAGGUCAUUCCCAUCUCUGUAGACAAAGUAGGAGUGUUCUUCCGUGAAGCCAGACCUGAGAUUAAUGAAGCAUCUAGCCUGUUUUCUGACCAACCCCCAGCACGUAUUGUGUUUGCUGUAAGUCUAGAGGGAAGUGCACGCAAAGUCAUCACCGUGAGAUCAGCUUUAAUGCUAGUGAAUAACUUAGAAGAGAAAGUUGCUAUUAAACUGGAUGAUCCAAAUAAACAAGGUUCAAGCAACACCAUAUCCCUAGAUGCUAAAUCAAGUAUUCCAAUUCCUCUACCAUGCGUCUGGUCAAGAAUCUGGGUACGUCCUAUUGGCUGUUGGUCUGUUGAUUACUGCAACCGACCAAUCAGCUGGCAGCAUAUCCUUAAGCCCGGAGAUGUGUAUGAUGGGAUCAGGACAUGUGAUACUAGAGCAGCCGAAGACGGAUCUUAUAGAUUCUGUGUAUCUGUCCAGCGAGAAAAUUUCCCGAUUGACAUUCUUCCGAAAAAGGCUACAUCCUCAGGUAGCGUCCAUAUACAGCCGGGGCAUACGAUCACGCUAGAGUCACCAGUCCUUAUUGUGAACCUUCUUCCUGUUGAUAUGACGUACUACCUCAAAAAUACUGAGAUUAGAGGCCGAGUUAAACCUGGCCAAGAGGCACAUGUCUUUGCUGCUGAUAUAAGUCAAGCUCUUGAGUUAGGGAUUUUGUUAGAAAAUUUCCCACAAUGCCGAGAACUUGUUGUUCCUCCGGGAACCACAGACUAUCAAGUUAAACUCAGACUUUAUGACACACAUAAACGACUUUUGGAAUUAUUUGUCAAAAUAGCUGCUAGAAAAGGCGGGUCUUUACGAUUAUCAAUCAGUGCCCCCUAUUGGUUGGUGAACAGAUCAGGGCUUCCAUUGAUUUUCCGACAAGAGGGAACGAAAGUAGAAAGUGCCGGACAAUUUGAAGAGCAUGAACUCGCGAGGAGUGUGACCCCAUUGUUGUUUAGCUUUUAUGAUAAGGACUCGCCUUUUUUGGCGUCAAUGAGACUUGGAAAAUCUGUGCAUGGACACGGAGGAAUGCCAAAGUGGUCCCAGAGAUUUACAUUAGAAAGUGGAAUAGGACGACGACAAUUACACGUUGUGCCUACAACAUCACGCCCUGAUUGGGUCUACAAUAUUGGUAUCGACAUCCGACAAGGAAAAGGACGCUACAUGGAUACAAAUAUCGUCACAUUUGCUCCAUUGUUUCAAUUAGACAACCGAUCGAACUCAAAGUUAGUUUUCGCCCAGAAACACCAAGUGAAAGGCAUGGGACACGAUAAUCAAAGUAACUUCCUGUCCGCACCUCAGCGAUCACAUCUUGCUUUUCAUUGGCCGAGAGUUGACCUUGACCCUUUGUUGUGUGUUCGUCAACAGUCUAAGCCAAGCUGUAGAUGGUCAGGGGGAUUCCGGAUAGACAAGGUUGAUUCUUUCCAUGUAAAUAUGAGGGGAGAGCACAAUGUUUGUACGUUUCUGCGAGUUGAUAUAGUGCUGCAUGGCGCCACCUUUUUUGUUGUGUUCACUGACGCUGAUCAGAUGCCUCCACCAAUCAGAAUAGAUAACUUCUCACAGGUUGCAAUCACAUACUACCAGACAAAUAUUGGAGAGGAUACUCUGAGAACUAUGAUCAAACCAAUGUCAUCAGUGCCAUACUACUGGGAUGACCCCCUGCUGCAGCCCCACAUCACGCUUAAUGUGCAGGGAGGCACUGGCGCCACCUAUAACUUAACAUCACUCCGAGAAGGCGAGACGUUGCAGUAUGAGAACCUCAUAUAUAUAGCUUUCAUACAGACACAUAGAUCUGGAGCUUCAGUGUCUAACGAUGCCAGGGAUUUGGUGUUAGAUGUUGUCGAUGGCAAUGUAAUCCUCAGAAAAAAGGAACCAGGCAAUAGAUGUCAGCUCUGGCGUAUGACAGCAGAUGGUCUGCUUUUCCAUGAAGGUUCCUCACCCCCCAGAGAUCCACGUAGAGCCUCACUUUCAAACCAUGAUGCAAAAUACGUCCUUGAUAUGUCAACCCUAGGAAUUCAGCCGACAAGUUACGUCCCUCUAACUUUGAAAAAAUCUGACGCAAGACGACAAACAAUGCAGCGAUGGCAAUUUGAUGAGAAAAGAGGCCUUUUAUUUACUAAGACAGGACAUUUGUGUGUUCAAUGUGUGGAUACCAUGAGAGUGGGCGCCACUGUAGUAGUCGGCCCAAUGUCUGGAUCACUGACAGCGAAGGAGGUACCUACCCAUAUGAACGUGCUAUUCCAGAAGCUUCGUCCUGGCUCUGGUUUCCUACCAGUCAGAGUACUUAUGGAUGGACCAACCAGAGUGCUUCAAAUCACUGAUGUCACACAGCAGAAAUUGAGUAGCAAGAUCCCAACGUCACCCUCCAUGCAGGAUUGGAUUAUGGUUAACCAGCCAAACAAACCCAGCCAUGAGGCCAAUCCACAAGAAAAACAGUCAAACCUAGAUGUAUCCAUCCAGCUAGCAGGGGGUAUUGGACUUUCCCUUGUGAACCAUUUUGCAGAGGAACUCCUGUAUAUAAGCCUUCAACAGAUCUAUUUUGACUAUUCUUCCAACUUCACUGGACAGAUCUUCGAUAUUAGCAUCAAUAAUGUACAGGUUGACAACCAGCUGUUUGGCAGUGUAAAGCCUGUUGCUUUAUUUGUGACCCCCCGUGCAAAGAAAGAUGAGACAGGGACAGUGCCUGCUAUAGCUAUAUCUGCUCAUAAAAUCCCCAACCAACAAUGGAAUGCAGAUAUAUACAAGCAUCUAUAUGUCUCAGUCAAGAAGAUGACUCUACAGGUUGAAGAAAGAUGUCUCUGGAAGUUGCUUCAAUUUCUUGGCUAUAAGCAGGCUGAUCAUCAACUUGAAAAACUAGAUGAGGGCACAUAUGACUCUCAAAAGGUACUUGCAGCUGCUACAUCAGCCCAGGAAAAACGUUACUACUUUGGCAGUCUGAAGAUUAACACACAUCAGAUAAGCCUCUCAAUGUUGACCACUAGCAAGCUUUCCCCUGACUUACUAGCGAUCAAACGGGCCCUUAGGAUACCUUUGAUCAAGUUCGAGGAUGCUAAAGUUGAAUUAGAUCCAUUCAUGAAGCAGCAUCCAUUUGAGACUAGUGCUUUCCUGUUAGAUGCGAUAGCAAUACAUUACACAGAGGAGUUGAAAAGUCAAGCAGCCAAGAUCUUAGGGUCUGUAGAUUUCCUUGGUAACCCUCUAGGGCUGUUUAAUGAUGUGGCUGAGGGCAUAAGUGGACUUAUCGUGGAUGGUAAUGUUGGGGGUCUCCUGAAGAAUGUUACACAUGGAUUCUCUAAUUCAGCCGCAAAGGUGACAGGGUCCCUAUCUGAUGGUUUAGGCAACCUUACAAUGGACCACAAACACCAGGACCUUCGUCACUCUAUCAAAUCUGACCACCAGGGAUCAGGUGGGGCCCAGCUUGUGGGUGGCAUCAAGGGCCUUGGGCACGGUCUUUGGGGUGGUCUAACGAGUGUUAUAUCGCAGACGUAUGAAGGGGCAAGCUCUAAAGGAAUUGAGGGUCUAAUUACUGGAUUUGGCAAGGGAGUCGUAGGUACAGUGACCAAGCCUGUAGCAGGAGUGUUGGACUUUGCCUCAGGGACAGCUGGGGCAGUGAGAGACACAAGCAAACGUAGCAUGCAUCACACGCCAAACCCCAUCAGGGAGCCACGGUGCUGUCACGGUCCUGGAGGGCUCCUGCCUGCCUUCUCCCAGCACCAUGCACAGGCCCAGAGGUGCCUAUUCAACCUUAAUGAUAACAACUAUACAGAAAAGUUCAUAGCAAUUGAGCAUUUGAGAUUUGAUCGCAAUGAGGCCCUAACAGUUUUGAUCUCAAGUGAAAGGGUGUACUUCAUGGGGAAGAGAGACUUCUCGCCCAGUAGUGUUGUCCUACAGGUGUCCUAUGAAGAACUCUACAAUGCUAAAUGUAGCCCUAAAGAUAAUAAAUACUAUGUGGAGCUCACGAUGAAGCAAUUAGAGACACGGAGCCAUAAAGUGAAGGAUCAGGAUCCCAAGAAACGACCAAUCAUACGCUGUGACUCGGAAAAUAUCGCCAUGAAGGUUUCUCAACAGAUCAUAUAUGCCAAGAACCUGUUUGAUGAACAGAAACAAAGCUUGAACUUAUCAUAACAGAGCUAUAUAUCACAAAAGAGCUUCAAUGUAUCACAACAGAGCUAGAAUAUAUCACAGCGGGGCUUCAGUGUAUCACAACAAAGCGUCAAUGUAUCAAUACAGAGCUUCAUUGUAUCACAACAGAGCCUCUGUGUAUCACAUCAGAGCCUGAAUGUAUCACAACAGGGCUUCUGUGUAUCACAUCAGAGCCUGAAUUUAUCACAACAGAGUUUCUGUGUAUCACAUCAGAGCUUGAAUGUAUCACAACUGAGCUUCUUUGUAUCACAACAAAGCUUGUAUCAAAUGAGUUGGGAAUAGAUUGGCACUCAGAAAGUGAGUUUAUAAAUAUCAUACAUGAAAUAUGAAGUGCUUGAAAGUAUAAUUAAAAUGAGUUUGGAUGUAUCAAGCAGUACAAGAAUAGAUCACUGACAGAAGGAAGGACUGAUUUGAACUGACACUCAAUGUAACUUAAUCAGAGGCUGGAUGUAUCUCAACAGAGCUUGGGUGUAUCACCAAAAUGGAGCUCGGGUCAGUGGGUAUACAUAUAUGUCAUGUAUAUCAGUUUGAUUUGAAGGUAUCACAACAACAGAACUUGAACAGAGGUUGGAAUGAUU